CCCAAGGCUCAGUAUGAAGGAUUUCGAGGCCAGACUCCAAUUGUUAAGGCUCCAAACACUUCCUUUUCCCUCCCACCACAUCACAAUCCCAUUUUUAUUAUACAAGGCUUUCCUCCCUCUUCUAGUUCAUGCAUGAUAUCAGUGGGCACAUUGUCCAGGGACCACUUUUGUAUCUGGGUCUCUGUAUAUCUCAUGUCACUUGGGACGUGUUCCAGACCCCGCGCUGUCCACCUCCAGCCCAGACCAAAGGGCAGUCCGGUGUCUCGGGAUCAGAAUCAGGUGCGGCGGACCUACCAGUUGUUCAGAUCUGGGAAAGCAGCUGAAGCUUAUACAGGAAACCACGGCUUCAGGCCAACUCUGAUUUCUCACACACUUGCCCAGUCUGCCACCACCUGCACUUUUACGUGCUCCAGUGCCGGGCGGCGGGAGCCUGUCGCUCCCGGGAAUCCGCAGCCGCCACCCAGGCCCAAGCGCGCACUGGACGGGGCUUCCAGCAUCCUUGCUGCUGACCGGCCUUAAAGCUGGUAGGCGAGCGGAACGGCCUGAGAAAGUGCCGCGGUGGGAGCAGGAAGAAUCCCUGGGAGCAACUGAGGUCUCGGGAAAGGUCCCCGUGGAGAUCCGCGCCCAGAAGGGGUCCGCGACCACGCGGCGAGGAGCACGUGAGCAUCGCAGCUUGGCUAUAAAAUCCCCCGCUUAGAGGAGCGUGGGGAGCGCGAGCCGCGGCAAAACGCGUCCACCUGAGCCAGCAAGUCAAGGGGAAGGCGAUCCUCUCCAGGACGUCCAAAGGUCUAGAGAUUUGGUGCUACGGACCCUCGCGGUCUGGUCUCGGGUGCGUGCAUCGAACUUUGAUGCUGGGCUCCUUGUAUUCCUGCAAAGGCGCACAGAUGCCCGCACGCGUAGAUUCCCGAACAUACCCAGGGUUCGUUUGACCUUUAGGAUAGUUGGAGGGGGAAUAACAGGACUCUCUGGCUGAUUGAUUUCUUGCCCUCCAGCAAGGAGGCAGCCUCCAGUACUAGCGUUUGUCCUCGCAAGAGCUCAGGAGGCCUCUGGGGAGCCCCGAGACAGCGCGUCCAAGACCCGGCCACCUUUUAAACUGUAGUUAUUUCUGCGCUGCGCAAAAGGCGGGUUCCGACCAACUCGGGACACCUUUCCCUAAAGUUUGAUCUGUUCUCUUCGCCCGCCCAAUCCUCGCCGCCUGGCGGCCCCCUCCUCCCACGGAGGGCGCGGGUGGGGAGAUGGCCGCUGGCUCUCCCCAGCGCACACGGGCGCUGUGCGCGUAGCCGCCGCCACGCUGACCUCCAGCUCCCGCCGGCUGCUAAGCUGAGUCCUGGCAGCGAGAGAAGGCAGUCUCCCGGAGGGGCUGAAGGCGGCGACGACUGGGGCCCUAGGGUCUAUAUGGCCGCUCCCUGCGGGCGGGUGGUGUGUGCCACGGAGCUCGCCCACAGCGCCUGGGGCUCAGAGCCGCUCUGAGCCUCGCCGCCUGCGGACAUCGACAAAGCCGCUUCCCGGAGCCGCGGGCAGGAACCCGAGGAGCAGGAGGUGGUGGCGGCCGUUCCUCCCGGAGGGCGAUGUGGCCGGCCGGCGCGGGCACCAAGCUGCCCUGUGCCCGCGACUCUGCACUCCGGCGGGCGGCUUUCUCCGGAAACCUCACGGCCCUGCCUUCUCACCUAGUGCCCGCGGGCCGAAGCGUCCGGGUUUUCAUCAGCGCCAACCCUGAAGACACGGGAGCAGAAAGACGGGCACUGAGAGAAAAUGUAUAUCCUAAACUGAGAGAAUUCUGCAGAGAAAACUAUGGACUGGAAUUUCAGGUCAUAGAUCUGUACUGGGGCGUUGAUGAAGAUGAAUGGGACAGCCCUGAGCUCCAGAAGACGCGCAUGAAGCUGCUGGAGGAUUGCUUGAAAACUUCUGCAGGUCCAUGUUUUGUUGGACUAUUAGGUGAAAAGUAUGGGAACAUCCGAAUCCCCGGAGAAGUGGAAGCCUCGGAAUUUGAAAUGAUUUUGGAUGCUGCCAUAGAGGCAAAGAUGGAGACCAAGCUACUGGAAGAGUGGUACUGUCGAGAUGAGAACUCCGUGCCAGCAGCUUAUUACCUCAGACCCAAAUCAGAAAUGCUGAGAAGCAAUAAGAAUGCAAUGCAGCCUCCUGCUAAUGCUGAGAAUGAGAAGCCGUGGCAAGAGAUAUCCGAUGAGAUCAAGACGAUAUUUAAAGCUGCUGUCAAACUGUUACAUGAAAAGGGUAAAAUGAAACACAGCCAAGCUAAGAGGUACCUGUUCUCAGCUAUCGAGGAUGAAUUUGACUUUGCUCUCGGCAAGCAAACUCCAGCAUUCCUAAAGAAGUGUGUUUGCUAUAUUAGAAAAAUUGCUAACAUUGAGCGCUUUGUGAAAAUCCCAGAGAUGGGAAAAUACAUGGAUAUAACUGGAGCGGAACCAAGGAUUAUUCGUGACCCAGAAGCCCAAGAGAAGCUGAUAAAACUCAGGGAUGAAUUUAUUCCUACUAUUGUCGCAUCAUCUAAUCUGAGAGUAUACACAUCUGUUACCCAUUGUGACAUGAAACUGGGCUAUUCCCAAGAAAUAGAAAAUCAUUACAUAGAAGGACUUGGUAAACAGUUUUAUGAGGACAUGAUUGAUAUAAUUCAGGCCACAGUACAGCAGAAUUUUGACACUGAAACUGAUACACUCUACGAUGAAAUCCUUCAGCAUUCAUCAUUAUGUAAAACAUAUGCCUCCUUCUAUGAGUACAAGUGUGAAGCUCUAAACAUUGUGCAUAAAUACAUUCUUCCAAGCAAAACUGGGCACAUCAACCCUCUUAUUAUAUAUGGUGGACCAUGCACUGGGAAAACCCUCCUGUUAGCUGAAGUAGCAAAGAAGGCUUAUGGCUGGCUACAUGAAGACACAGGACCAGAAUCUGACCCAGUAGUCGUGGUGAGAUUUCUAGGAACGACAGACAUGAGUACCGACCUCAGGACCCUCCUUCUGAGUGUUUGUGAACAACUGGCGGUUAACUAUCGGUGUCUGGUUCAAAGCUACCCUAAGAAGAUCCAUGACCUCCGGGACUUAUUUAUAAAUCUUCUGAAUGAGUCUUCAUUGCAGAGACCUCUAGUAAUAAUAUUUGACUCCCUGGAGCAGCUCUCGGAGAACGACGAUGCCAGGAAGCUCUGGUGGCUCCCAGCUCACCUUCCACGCUUCGUGCGGAUAGUCCUCUCCACACUGCCCAACAAACACGGGAUCCUGCAGAAACUUCGGUGCCUUAUCCAUGACGAUGACAACUACAUCGAGCUGAUUCCCCGGGACAGGAAGAUGUGCAGCCAGGUCCUCAAACACCAGCUGCUGCGGGUCAAAAGGAAGGUCACAUCCGGCCAGCAGAUUUACGUAAACAAUGCGUUCUCCAAGUGCACGCUGCCCAUGUUUGUGAACCUGACCUUCAGGGAGGUGAGACAUUGGAGAUCCCACAAAGACGUGGAUGAAUCCUCCCUCUGUGUCACUGUUCAUGAAAGCAUAGAGCAGUUAUUCUGGUCCUUGGAGAAGAAAUGUGGCCAGAAACUGGUCUCCAGGGCUCUCGGUUACAUCACCAUGGCCAAAAUGGGUUUGAGCGAAAUGGAACUGGAGGACGUGUUAGCCCUGGACAACAGCGUUAUGAACGAGCUCAACGAGAACACCAGGCCCAGCAAUCCCCUGAGAGUACCUUAUCUGUACAUCGCCAGGCUCAAGGAGGGUCUCAGUGGAUACUUAAUAGAAAGACACGUGAAGAACGUCACCCUCCUGGUCUGGGCUAACAGACACCUGCAACUCAUAGCCCAGAAACUGUAUCUGCAGGAUGACAGCAGCCUGCGGGAAAUGCACACCAUCUUGGCUGACUAUUUUCUGGGGGUCUGGUCGGGGGGCAGAAGAAAAGCUUUCUGCCUUGAAGACCCCUAUUUGAAUGGCUGCCUUGACUUGGAUAGCAGAAGCCUGCUGGAGGAAGAAAAGCACUUCAUGGAACAGGCUUCCUUUGACAGGCAGGCCCCUGAUCAGCCCUGGGUUUUCCAGUGCAAUCCACUGGAGCCCGACAUCUUUUUCGUCAACCACCGGAAAAUGUCUGAGCUGCUGUACCACCUGACGAGAUGUGGGAAAACUGAUGACCUGCUUUAUGGCAUCAUCAUGAACUUCAGCUGGCUUUACACCAUGAUCAAAAUUGGCCAGUUUGACAAAGUGCUUUCAGACAUUGAGCUAGCUUACAACUACUCCCAAGAGAAGGAGCUGAAGUUCUUGGCCAGCACCCUCCGCAGCAUCAAGACCAAGGUCAUUGCAUUUCCUGGCUCCCUUUCAGCAGAGCUACAGCAGAGACUGCUUCCUGUCGUAAGCUCCCUACCCAAACUUAGACACCUUCUUUUAGAAUGUGACAAAGAUGGGCCCAAAUAUUGCUCCAUCGUGCCAUUGCAUUCAUCCAUGGAUGUGACCUACAGCCCCGAGCGUCUUCCCUUGUCAUCCAGCCACCUGCACGUCACGGAGAUUCUGCCCACCUCCAACCCCAGCACCGUCCUCACCGCUCUAGAAAAUGGUUCCAUCAGCACGUGGGAUGUAGAAACUCGCCAGCUACUCAGGCAAAUCACUACGGCCCAGUCUGUCAUCCUGGGCAUGAAGCUCACCAGUGAUGAAAAAUACCUUGUGGUGGCUACAACAAAUAACACCUUGUUGGUUUAUGACAAUGUCAAUUCUUGUCUCCUGUCUGAAGUGGAAAUCAAAGGGACCAAGCAUGGAAGUGGCUCCACCUACAUCAACGGAUUCACACUGUCUGUCAACCACGCCCUUGCCUGGCUCGAAGCCAGCAAGGAUGUCACUGUCAUUGAUCUGCUCUAUGGAUGGCCCCUUUACCAGUUCCACUGCUGGUACGAGGUGACCUGUGUCCAGUGCUCGCUGGAUGGGGUGUAUGCUUUCUGUGGGCAGUACCUGAACACCACCACCAUAUUUCACUUAGGGAGUGGAGAAAAGCUAUGUACCGUGACAUCUGAAUUUUCGGGUGGGUUUGUGAAGUUUCUUCUUAUCUUGGACACAGCUCAAGAGAUGGUGAUGGUGGACAGCGAGGGAAGUCUUUCUGUUUGGAAUACUGAGGACAUUUCCAACCCCCAGCUGACGGAUGACUUUGACUGCAGAAGAGAAGACAGCGAGGUGGUCAGCAUUGAACUUUCAGAGGACCAAAGUGCAAUUCUGAUCUGUAAAGCUCUUAGCAUUGAGCUCUUACAUACCGGCGUAUGGAAGGUAGCUGAAAAGUUCAGAGCCAAGCAUAACGAACGCUUCGUCUCUGCUGUGCUGUCCAAAAACGGAGACUGUAUCAUCGCGACCAUGGAGAAUACUCCAGCUGUGUUUUUUUGGAGACGAGACACGGGACAAUGCAUGGCAAGCUUACAGGAAAUCUCAGGUACCAUAGUUAAGUUGGUGAAAUCUAGUCACCACAAUAUGCUACUGUCUUUAUCAACCAGUGGUGUUCUUUCUAUUUGGGAUAUAGAUAUAAUCACAGCUAUGUCCAACAUAGAUAAGACUGGGAAACCCAUCCAAAGUCUGGUGUUGCCUGCUAGAGGGGAAAUCAUUUACUCCCUGGACGGCUCUGAUUGUGUUCAUAAGUGGAACUUCAGCAGUGGGUUCAUUGAAGCAGUAUUUAAGCAUGAAGGCAUAGUGGAACACUGUGUGUUAACAUCCGCCGGAGACAUAAUGGUGACAUCAGAUGACAAAAGCAGCCAGUAUGUCUGGCACACCAGCAGUGGGGAAAACCUCUUCCGAAUCAAUGGGCAGAGAAUCUCUCAGCUGCUGAUCACACACAAUGACCAGUUUGUGGUCUCUCUCUGCGAGGAGAAUGCCUCCAGGGUUUGGAGACUGGCCACGGGCCACAGGGUCUGCAACAUUCUGACCACUUUGCAAAACGCCUUUAUUACCUCCGCAAAUACCUUCGUGGUGGGAAUGACUAAAAGCAAAGUGUUGGCAGUCAGCCUUUGGACAGGAAGUAUCACCAAGAAGUUUUGCUGCGAGGACGGAAUCACCAUUGUGAAUUUUAAACUGAUCCCCGACUGUCCGGACAUCAUCGUGUUCAUCACGUCAGCGGAGACUGUGAACAUCUGGAGUCUGACAGAUGAAGUGAUCUGUCGCCGCGUCCAGCUUCCAAACAACUUCUUGAAAAAUCUGGAGGACUUUGAAAUUUCUCCCAAUGGAAAGUUAGGCAUUAUAUCUAGGGGAGAUGAAAAUAUCAACGUGCUCGAUUUACAUAGUGGUAAAUUACGAGUGGUCCACGCCUCCGGGGUCAUCUGGCGGCAGAGGCUGUCUCGGGAUGGUCGCUACCUGGUCUACAUUUGCUUCCGAAAUGGGGAAGAAGAGGAAGAAAAUGGUGCCAUAUCCAGCUUAAUUGUAAUGAGACUGGCUGAUGGCAAAAAUAUCGGUGCUUGUUCCCUUUACAAAACGCCAACUUUCCUUGCACUCUCUCAGAGGCACCUGAACAUCAUUGUGGGCUUUGAUGAUGGGAGCAUAGGAAUAUACACUGUAGUGGACCGCGUCGACGCUGCACUGAAAAUCAAAAUUGCCACUUCCAAUAGCAGGCAGAUUUUCAACAAUGCAACACAGACAUCCAGACCAAAGUCUAACAGUUACUGUUUUAAAGUAUCUGUGGAUUGCUUAUGGAGAGAAUCCACUGAGGUUUUUGCAAGAGACAGCCCCAUCACAGUCAGCGACUCCUCCGAGUCCAAUGAAGCCACACCCUCCAAGAAGCACAACUCUUGCUAUGACCGGGUGUGCUCUGCCCUAGAAUCCAGGGGUCACAGCUAUGCCCCUGAUAACUGACAAAAUGUCUCUCCCACCCAGUGGAAAUACACAAUCCACAUACAGAAGAAAAGACAAGUGUAUCUUCUGUAUCUCCAAGGAUAUACUACUCGUUACUAAGAGACAGGAAAGAUGCUGGCAUUUCAGCGUCUUAUUAACAUACUCAUGAAACAGAGAAGUGAGAUUGGUUUUGGGUGCCAUCUUUUUGUCAAGGCAUAUUCAGGAAUGGAGGGAUGACAGCAUUUCUAGAAGUGAGAUUUAAAUAGUUAUUUUAUCUGGAAGAGAGAGGAUUUUGAAAAAGCUUCUAAAUUAGCUGUGUGGUAAGAAGUAUCAUAGGUCAUUCCAUUGGUUCAGAUGAGAGGGACUAGAGUUAUAUGGAAACCAUUUGGACUGAAAUUAGUUCUACAAAGUCCAGUUGAAAUCUUGAAGACAAAGAGUUGUUUGACUCCAAAUGAUUUUGUGAUAAGUAAAACACAGCCUUAAUCUCUCUUUACAUUUUCCGAUCCUGACAACUGUGUAAACCUAGUCUGAAAAUGAAAGGUUUAAAGGUGCAAAAUCAUGUAACAAAUAUGCCCAGUUGUAUUCCCAGUUUCCCAAGAGACACAACAUAAAAUAUGAGACCGUGAACUGGACUGGGACAAGAACUAACUACCACUAUCAUAGGGCUAUUGAACAUGGAGAGUCAGUCUUUAAUAAAAUACAGUUCCAACGAUUGCAUGCAAGGGUUUCUCUGUAAUGGAACAUAUGAUUUUUAAACUACUUAUUUUCUGAGUUGCAAUAUAACACUUAAUAGGAAAUCACCAUCUUUUCACAUCUUUUUUUGAAAUGCAUAUUUGUGGUGAGUCUAAAGAAUUACAGAAAGGGCAUUACAAAUUCAAUCAAAACACCUAUUUGUUCUUAUGGUCACACUAACAAGAACCUGUACUACUCGAUCAGUUAUAUGGAAGCAUAAAUUAUUUCCUACAUCCCUGCAGUAUACAUCAAUAGAAAGCAAGCUUCCUUAAUAUGCCAUCUCUGAAACACUGAUGACAUUUGCCUUACUCUCACUCUUCUUCUUUCCUGUGUUAAACGCAGAUAGAUGACCAAAUACUCUGGGACAAACUUAAUAUGCCUGUCUUUGUGCUAAAAUAUUCCAGAAAUCUUAAGGGUGUCCAAAGGUUCUUUAUUGUCCCUGUUUGUAACCACUUUCUUACUUCCACACACCGUACGUACGCUUCUUUCUCUGUUACACUUCUGGACUGAGGAAUCUUCUGAACCUUUUAUAGUCUUACCAUUUCAAAGCAGAAGCUGGGAAAUGGCAUUAAAUAUUUUUUAAACUCUACUGCACCUAUUUAAAAAAAUAUACAUCUCAGAAGGUCAGAGUGAUUGACUUCCUUUCAUAUGGUCCACAUGGCAUGUCCUUGGAUAACUUUUCACAGGGGUCAGUAGAGGUGGUUCGGUUUGGUUUUCCUUGAACAGUGAACAAGGAACUGACCUAUUUCCAGUGAACCUCUGCCAUGAACUCACUGUGGACGCCUGGCAGGAUCUUAAACCUCGCCAGUGUGUUGCUUUUGUGAACUGCAAAAUAAAGUAAUGGGUUCUGCUGAAGCCCUAUUAGGGAUGUUGGAAUAAUAAUUUCAGAAAAAAAAAUAGACAUCUUGAUUGUUGAUGCUGAAAUGGAGAAAAAAAAUAUGAUCUAACCUAGAGAGAAUCCAAAUCCACUGUAUUUCACUUUGGAAAGCAGCUUAACAUGUUAGCCUUCAAAGAUAUGAUUCAGAUAUAAACACCCCAUUCCAUAGUGAAAGAUUUUUUCCUCUACAUUACUCAUAGAUUAGCUUCCAGCCAUGGAGGUGGUAGCCCAGGGAGGGCUCAGACCCACGUACCAAUCACCUGGAGUAGAUUGUAUGAGUCAAUGCUUUUAGCUCUUCAGGCAAUGCAUACUUAUUCCUGUCACUAUCAGUUGAACCUCCAUACCAUACAUUUCUAAGAAGUAAAUGCCUAGAUGGAUUAAAUGUAGUGUGUGAAUGUUCUAUGUAAAAGCCAAUAGAGUAUAACAAGUGACUUGAAUGAUUUUUUUCCUAACUUGUUUGCAACUGAUAGCUCAUAUUGAAUGUUUUUAUGUAAACUUUGUAUUGUUGGGAAGAAUUACCCAAUCAGAGAUUUAUAUUUUCAUAAAUGUUACAUUUAGUUAAAUUUUGUUACAGAGUUGUUACACUAGAAAAUUAUUUCAGUCUUCAAACAAUAUAUAGUCUUGUGUAUGUAUUGUUUGUAUGAAUAAAAGAUAAACCACUUAAA